AUGACGGACGAAAUGGAAAAUAGCAAACCUGAUUCUACUGAAGCAGAUGUUCGACGACGAGUACUUGCUCGUACCCUCAGUGAACCAACUAGUGAUGGGGAUAAUCAAUCAACGUAUGCACGAAGUAAAUCUUAUCCAUCCAAACCGGAAUCCAAUGAUGACAACAAUGAAUUGAUGGACGCGGUCUUUGAAAUGCCAACCAAAUGUGCUGAACAAGCGAGAGAAGUGGGUAAACUUGUUGUUCAAUACGUCGUCGAUCAUAGUCAUCUUCCACAUUGGUUGCUCGACAAUGAAUUUCUCAUCUCCGGGCAUCGUCCACCAAUGCCAAGUUUCAAACAAUGUUUCGCAUCGAUCUUUCGUCUUCAUACGGAAACAGUGAACAUCUGGACACAUUUGCUCGGAACUCUAUUUUUCAUCAUCAUUGCCAUUUACUUUAUUACACGUCCAUCAUCUGAGGUUCAUAUUGAAAAGAAACUUACGUUCGGGAUAUUUUUUCUCGGCGCUAUUCUCUGUUUAUUGUUCUCAACUUUAUACCAUACAGUGUAUUGUCAUUCACCAAAAGUUUCGAAACUCUUCAAUAAGCUCGAUUAUUGUGGAAUAUCAAUUUUGAUCAUUGCAUCAUUUAUUCCAUGGAUCUAUUAUGGUUUUUAUUGUGAAUUUGGAACAAAGAUAGCAUAUUUACUGAUUACGAUAACAUUAGGUACCGGCUGUAUAAUUGUUUCCAUGUGGGACAAAUUUUCUGCACCGGAAUAUCGAACAUGUCGAGCACUUCUAUUCAUUGCUUUUGGUCUAUUCGGUUUUGUUCCAACUUGCCACUAUGUGUUACUUUUUGGUUUUAAGCAUGCGUUUACAACUGGUGCAGCUCAAUGGCUAGUCGUCAUGGCAGUUUUAUACAUCACAGGUGCUUCUCUCUAUGCAGCACGUAUACCUGAACGAUUAGCUCCUGGUUACUUUGAUAUUUGGUUUCAAAGUCACCAGAUCUUUCAUGUUUUCGUUGUUGCUGCAGCCUGUGUUCAUUACUAUGGUAUCUGUGUACUUUCGAAACAUCAGUCGGACAUCGGAGAUUGUCGCAAAGGUGUUCUGCCAUCGAUUCACAAUGCGUUCAAUUCUCUAUAUCAGUAA